AUGAAGCUUGCAAGGCUCGUUCUCGCCCUACUCGGCCUCCUCGCUUCGAUCUCUACAACCGCAGAGCCCCAUCCCGGUCAUCAAGUCUCCAAGGGAGGAAUAUUGCAACCUCGAGACUUGGUCGCCAAUCAGCACCACACCUUCAACGCCUACCACGAGAUCAGCAAGUAUGCUAAAGUAACCAAAAUCUGGUCGGACAGUCUUCGACCGCUUCAAAAGCACUUCCUCUACGACACCAUCCAAAAGCAAGCCUUUCAAAAAGCAAAUUCCGACAUUGCUUUCUCUCACCUCGCGCAUGGAACGCUGAUGCUAGACGCCUUUCUCUCGCUCACACAGCAAUCCGCACUGCUGAGAUCCAAAUCCCAGGACGCUUUUCGUCAUGUUAUCGAAGGGGCACUCACUCCGGUUCAGCUUCGCCAGACCAAAUGCUACUGUGAGGAGUUCAAAUCCGGAUGGUUCUACCCGCCGGAGGAAAUGAUCAAUGCGUUUCUUGACCUCGGAAGAAAUCAAUCUUUCGCGUAUCUUCAAAGCAUCGAUUCCGCAAAGGAAUUCCUAUCCGGGCUGCGACAGUUCGAUGUCCUACUCCAAGAGGUUGAAGAGACAAUCGCGCUUGAAGAACCACCUGCACCGACCACGCGAUCUACCAAACGAGCCGUCAAGAAAUUGCACAAGCAGCUACGCAAAUCCCUUUCCAUCGCGGCUUUUGAUGAUACGCAACUCCAUCUUACAGCGCAGAUUAUACGUUCUCGACAUUCGAAUUUGACCGUUCUCGCGCGGAUGAAUACCUCGUUUGAUCGAGCUCUCGCUUCGAUUGAUCUUGCCUGCGCGAUGGCGAGGAAUGAUGGAAAGACUUCGCUGGCACAUCUGACGCAGUAUGGAAGGGCAAAGAUUGGAUUUUGUCCUGGGGAGGGGAGCUGGCAGGGGGAGUUGUAG